AUGGCCUUCGGCCGUCGCAAAAGAAGCGCUUCUGCUCAUCAUCAGCCGCUCUCUUCACCCGCUGCGCAAUCCGCCCAGUCCGCCGCAAGCCAUGCCUUCCUAAAAUCACAAACCUCCAAUGCGAGUCUAUCGUCCGCCGCUGCCGCGGCAGCCCUCCGCAAUCUCACACCUACGCCGACCCAAAUCGAAAAUGUGCAGACAAAGCGGAUGGUCGAACGCCGCGCCUCGACCCAGUCCCAAGCCCCGAACGGUCGGCGCUCGGCCAGCGCAAGUGCUACGCUACGUCGCUCGGCCAGCAACAGCUCAAUGACGGCCCGCACAUUUCGCGACCAGUCCCCCGGUCGCCCAGCGACAAGCUCUGGUCCGGCAUCCCCGCCCAGGGACGUACCCCCAUUGCCUUCGCUCCCAACCCAGUAUGCGCCGAGGAAGCAGCAGACUCGCCGGACGUUGAGCAUGGAGCCAACUAUGCGAUCACCUCCGGCGUCGCCACCGCGGUCGGGAGCCCGGGAGCAAGGCAGAGGAUCCCCGAUCCACAUGGCUACGCACCAGCGAGUGACCAGUCUCGGCAUGCUGCCCGAACUGGAACGAUCGGGGAGUCGCAAUUCGGUGAACUUCUCAUACCCUACGGGCUCAAGGCCAACCUCGCCUAUUGCAACCGAGAAUACCCCCUUGAGUCUCCAUGGGACGAUUGAAGAAUCCAUUCCUGAGGAACCUGUCCAGAAGCCUCUGCAAGAAAAAUCUCCGAACAAAUCAAAAGGACGUGCACCGGACAGUGUUGAAGGAAGCCCUGUUGCAAGCAAGCCCGGCCGUCUGGCUGGUAGUGCAGCGGCCGCAGCUCUUGCAGUGAGUGCGCAAAAGGAAAGCGCGAAGGCAAUUGCCGCUUCUGAUCAACCCCGGAACGUACCUGCACCAGUCGAUAGUUCGCCUCAAACUGCUCGUACCGCAAAGCCCGUGGUGGCUAUCCCGGAGCGCGAGCACCCUUCCUCUCGGGCGCUUCCCGAACGAUGGCCCUCGACUGUAAAAGAACAAGAGGAGCCCGAGGACUCCGGUCGUGAUGUCGAGGACAUUCCAACGCGACAAGGCAGGAACCGGAUGCCGACCGCGUCUCCAACAGCCGAUCAUGCACAGGCAGCGGCAGUGCCACCUUCUCCAUCAUCGGGGCUUUCGCCUGAUCAACAGGCGCAUGUUCGUGAAUCAAGCAGCCCUGGUAGGUCCGCUCGAUUUGCCAAGUUGCUUGAAGUGACUGGGACCGGAGAUCAGGUUCACCAGCCUCCCCCGAGAUCUGUUUCUCCUGUCAAAUCAGCCCUCAAACACUCAAGAGGCAGUUCUUUGUCUCCUGAUAGAAGGCUUUCAGUGGCGGGUCGGGCUCACCCGUCGGGUGAGCUAUCAGACGGCACUUCAGUGGCUUCAGACGACGGGCUACGAACCGGUGCUAAGAAGAAGUCUGCCAAAGUCAGUUUCGACGACGAGGCCGAGGUUGUGGGCGUCGCAGCCAGUCCUCCCACCUCCCCUGAAGAAUAUACUCCCGAGUCACCCCCUAGUAACAAAACCAAGUCUCGCAUGAGCUGGCUUGGUGUUGGCAAGAAAAAGUCCCCGACGGAUCUUGCUAGCGACGACGAUUGGGAUGUUGUCAUGAAACCGCGCCAGGAGCUCCCCUCGUUUGGAAGCAUCAGGGGAAAUCGAGGUGGUGGUCUGAAACGCUCGCCUAUUCCAGACUUUAGUGACAAUGAGUCUAGCUCUUCGUCCGAGUCUGAGGUAGCACCCAAGCAAGAGACUUCCUUCUCAAAUGAUCACGCUAUUGGAGGAAUUCUUCCCCAAUCUCAACAGCAUGGGUACUUCCCGCCCAACGAUGGCAAGAACCUGGAGCAGUUGUCUGUUUUCGGCUCUGCGCAACCCGCUGUUCCGUCUAGUGACUCGGCCAAAGAAACUCAAGUCACCGGUGAGACCAAUGUCCAUCAGCCUCAUACCGGUAUGGAAUCGGAUCUUACCGUGCCUGCGAUUGCAGUCGAACCUGCGACGCCACCAGCAGAAGAACCCAAGCAGAGCCUUGAAUCUAAGAGAUCCAGUAUGGAUCAAUAUAGUAUCCCAGGCGGGUUCCCAGCCUCUGGCUCUGAGCGCAGCCUGAAAUCAGCACAGAAACAGCCCCAAUCUAAAGUGGUGGCAAGUGCCAUUCCCAAAUUGGACGGUGGUGAUACCGAUGAUGAUUAUAGCGAUAGCAUCUACAGUGAUGCUGCUGAAGAUAUCGACAUCGACGGCGAUGGCUAUGGAUCGAUCAAUGCCAUCGUUGACAGUCGAUCGGCUCCAAGGUCGGCACCGGCACAACCCCUAGAGUCUGUACCCGAAUCUCGGGAUGCAACUCCCAAGCCGGUGAACCGUGAAUCGCUUGGCAAUCAACGUACGGACGAUGCCACCAAUUCGGUACCCAACCCUCGCACCAGCACUCCCAUCCAAGAGCCAGGCGAUAGUCAUGUAGAGGAAUCCCCUGCAUCCUCAGUGGGCUAUGCAUACGAACCUGCAGCCCCACCACCACAGGCCAGGGCUAAUGCUCGCACCUCUCCAAUUCAAAAUGGCGUUGCUCAGACCCAGCGGGAAGCUCAAGCGCGUCCAAUGUCGGUAGCUGCGGAUACACAAGCCCCCCUGUGGUCCAGCAAUGAGGCUUCUCCCCAAAGUGCCAAAGGAAAACCGCGCCCCAUUUCGGUCGGUCCAGCUUUACACAAAACGGGAGGAUCACCCGGUUUUCCCCAGAGUCUUCGUCGGACAACCUCCAACGGAAGCGAUUCUUCGAGCAGCUUCAAGCGCUCCUCCCCACGCGGCGACGCAGUCUCGAUGCGGCGGACCAUGCGAGCCGGCGCUGGUGCGAACAUCAGAAGUCCGCCCCCAAUGGAACGCAAUGAAUCUCCACUCGACCAUCGACCCAUGUCAGCUGGCUCUUCAAAUGGCACCAUGCGCAAAACACUCCGCGGGCCUGCCGGAGGCGAGCGGUAUUCGUUCUUCUCGACAAAUAAGAAGGCGCCUCCAAGAGCGAAAUUCACGAAGUCACCUCCCAAGUCUGGCCGUGCAACCCGGUUCGCCAAUUCGGAUGGGGAAAAUGAGGAUGAGCCCCGGCCUCAGGCCUUUGCCAGUCGCUUCGCCGAUUCUAGUGAUGAGGAAGAGCCAUACAGCAGUGCUCUUCGGCCUGUCCGUGGCAUUCCUCGUCGCCAAGGUGCUGAUGAUGGCGACUCUACGGAGCUAGACGACAGCUCUGAGGAAAGCCCCCGCCAACAUGCACAGAGAGGGACCGCCGCUGCUGCCAUCGGCUCUCCGCCUCGCUCUCGCGGCAAAAACGCACCGCAGAGCAUGUCUGGGAUGGCAGCUGUAGCCAAACAACGAGGCAUGACGCAAAGAGACUUGGAAGAGUUCAUCAUGGCGCCUCCGAGCAGUCGAAAGCCCGGCCUGCUGACACGGCUCGGAAUCAAGAAAUCCAAAAAUUCCGACCACCGAAUCCGCAAGUCUGAUGCUGAAAGUCCUUCGCGGAGAGACACGCCAUUAGAGCGCUCGCGCAUGGAACUUGAUCAAGUGCGCGACAGUAUGGCAAAUGGAAACCACACUACAAUCACAUCUGCCGCUAGCCCACCAACACACUCCAAGCUGGUGAAGAGGAACUCCAAACAUCAACCAACCAGUUCGGAUUCUUGGCCCUUGGGCUUGGGUGUCAGGGAAGAGCCUCUGCAACCAGUUGCAGAACAGCCUCUGGACGUUCCUCCUCCGCCACAGAGCCCCGAGCAUACCAUUCCAGCGCACAAUGGUAGUGUCCUCGUCAAUGGGGAUUCUUCCGCUGCAGCACCCAUUAAAAAUAAGUCCGAUGAGCCCCGCAGCCCAGAUCCAAACAAUGACAGUGCGUCCGAGGUCACGAAUCCUGAAGACCAGGGAGUUUCGGCGCGCGACGUAGUCAUCGCCGGUUCUGGGCGGAAGAAACGAUUCCCGCUCCUUCGCAAAGCCUUUGGCUUGCGCUCUUGA